AUGCCUGGCUUAGACCCUAAAGUUGCGGUCCAUCAUCUCGCUGUCAAGAAUGGCACACGUCCUAUCAAACAAGCACAACGACGUUUCAGGCCCGAAUUGGUUCCCUUGAUCGAAAAUGAAGUUAACAAGCUUAUUGAGGCUGGUUUCAUUCGCGAAGUUAAGUUCCCCACAUGGAUUUCGAGCAUUGUCCCUAUGAGAAAGAAUAAUGGACAAAUUCGAGUAUGUGUUGACUUUAGGGAUCUCAACAAUGCAUGCCCUAAGGAUGAAUUUCCACUUCCUAUUGUUGAGCUUAUGAUUGAUGCCACUACUGGAUACGAGGCGAUGUCCUUCAUGGACGGCUCAUCUGGUUAUAACCAGAUCCGCAUGUCACCUAAGGAUGAAGAGCUUACCGCAUUCCGCACUCCUAAAGGUAUUUAUUGCUACAAAUUAAUGCCUUUUGGCUUGAAGAAUGCUGGAGCAACAUACCAAAGAGCUAUGCAAAAUAUCUUCGACAACAUGCUUCACAAAAACGGCGAGUGUUAUGUUGACGAUCUGGUGUGUGCAUUUGGGGUUACCUCCGGAAAAUUCCUUGGCUUUGUCGUUCGACAUCGGGGGAUAGAAAUUGAUCAAGCCAAAGUAGAUUCAAUCGUGAAGAUGGCCGAGCCAAGAAACAUCCAUGAGUUGAAAAGUCUGCAAGGGAAGUUGGCGUAUCUUAGGAGAUUCAUCUCAAAUCUAGCAGGGAAAUGUCAACCGUUCAGUCGUCUCAUGAAGAAAGGUGCUCCUUUCGAAUGGGACCAAGCUUGUGCCAACGCCUUUGAGAGCAUCAAAACUUACUUGACCAAAUCUCCAGUUCUAGCGGCUCCUGUGCCUGGAAAGCCAUUGAUACUAUACAUAUCGGCAAGAGAAAGUUCAGUUGGAGCACUCUUAGCCCAAGAGAAUAGCAAAGGGAAGGAAAAUGCCCUUUACUACUUGAGUAGGAUGAUGACGCCAAAUGAGUUGAAGUAUUCGCCGAUUGAAAAGUUGUGUCUGGCCUUAGUCUUCUCGAUUCAGAAGAUGAAACACUACUUUCAAGCCCAUAAAGCUGUGAAAGGGCAAGCAUUGGCGGAUUUUCUAGCAGACCAUCCGAUACCCGAUGACUGGGAAUUAACUGAUGAACUACCCGAUGAGGAUGCGAUGGUCAUUGAGAUUCAACGGCCUUGGAAGAUGUAUUUUGAUGGUGUUGCACAUUGCGAAGGAGCUGGCGCUGAAUAUCAGGCACUCAUACUUGGGCUUGAAAUGGCUGUUGAUAUGAAGCAGUUACAAUUACAAGUCUUUCGAGAUUCUGAAUUGGUAAUCAAUCAAUUGUUGGGUACCUACGAGGUCAAAAAGCCAGAAUUGCGUCCCUAUCAUCACUAUGCACGAAAAUUAAUUGGGUGGCUCGGCAACGUAACUCUCCAACACGUGCCAAGAAAGGAAAAUAAGAAAGCUGAUGCUUUGGCUACUUUGGCUUCAACAUUGACUUUGCCUGACCAAGCGCAAAUCACUAUCUGCCAGAAAUGGAUAGUACCGCCAGAGGACGAUGAGGAUGAAGAAAGCAAACUCGAGCUUCUUGUGGCCGUUACUGAAGCUGAGAAAGUCGAUUGGCGACAAACCAUGAUCGAUUACUUGUGUUAUAGCAUUCUUCCAGAAGAUCCAAAAAGAAAGACCGAAAUUCGUCGUCGUGCCCCUCGCUUCCUUUACUACAAAGAUACUUUGUACCGUAGAUCGUUCGAGGGAGUUCUCUUGCGUUGUCUGGGGAAAGAAGAAGCGACUCAAGCUAUGCAAGAAGCCCACUCUGGAGUUUGUGGAUCACAUCAAUCUGGGCCAAAACUGCACUUUCAUAUAAAAAGGAUGGGUUGCAAAGCAUGCCAAUUUCAUGCAAAUUUUAUACACCAACCUCCUGAGGUGUUACAUCCAACUGUUGCAUCUUGGCCAUUUGACGCUUGGGGGCUAGACGUGGUUGGACCGCUACCGAAAUCUUCUGGUGGCCACUUGUACAUCUUAGCUGCAACGGAUUACUUUUCAAAAUGGGCUGAGGCUGUCGCCCUCAAAGAAGUAAAAAAGGAGAAUGUGGCAAACUUCAUUCGAGUAAACAUCAUCUAUCGUUUUGGCAUUCCUAGUUAUAUCAUAACAGAUAAUGGCAAGCCGUUCUCCAACAAAUUGAUGACUAAGAUUUGCGAGCUUUUUGGCUUCAAGCAACGAAACUCGUCUAUGUAUUAUGCUGCUGCAAAUGGACUAGCUGAAGCAUUUAACAAGACCUUGUGCAACUUGUUAAAGAAGGUCGUCUCCAAGUCUAAAAGAGAUUGGCAUGAUAGAAUGGAAGAAGCUUUUUGGGCAUACCGAACGACUCAUCGCACACCAACUCAAGCAACUCCUUAUUCUCUUGUUUACGGAGCUGAAGCGGUCCUUCCACUUGAACGCCAAAUACCUUCAUUGUGGCUCGCUAUCCAAGAAGGGGUCACUGAAGAAGAAAAUGCUCGUCUACGCCUUGAAGAGUUAGAGGCCCUUGAUGAGAAAAGGCUAGAAGCUCAGCAAAGCCUUGAAUGUUAUCAAGCUCGUCUUUCCCGUGCUUUCAAUAAAAAGGUUCGCCUGAGGUCCUUCCAAGUUGGUGAUCAAGUCCUGGCGGUAAGAAGACCUAUUAUCAUAUCUCAUAAAUCUGGAAGCAAGUUCACUUUAAAGUGGGAUGGGCCAUAUGUUGUCCAAGAAGCCUAUACAAGUGGUGCUUACAAGCUUAUAGAUGCAGAUGGCUUGCGGAUCGGUCCCAUCAACGGGAAAUUCUUGAAGAUGUACUAUCCUUGA